UUAGCUACAACAACUGGUCAAUUGCAGACGACGUUAUCAGGGGUGUGGAACGCCACAAACAACAACAAAGAAGAAGGCUAGCAAAAAAAGAAUCAUUCCCAAACCCUAAUCAGCUGGACAAUAAAAUCGAUAUACAACAGGCAAUAGAUCGCCAAUUCGAAAAGUAUAUAAUAUUAUAUGUCUCAUAUAGAUAUUAUAUCUGAUAAACUCCGCGUAUAUACAUAAUAUAUAGUACAAAGUUUGUGGUCGUCUGGUUUUCUGAACUUCAGGUUCGAGGAGUCUUCGUUUUGUUCUCUACAAAUCAAAUCAUAUUUAAGCGAGUAACGGCACACUCGCCGAUCACAAACAAGCGUUUCCAUCAUGAAAAUUACAUUAGCUGCCGUUUUGGUCCUGCUAGCAGCAUGCUCGAGCAGGGCUGUCCGUUUGGUGGACAACAAAGAAAACCUUACCAAAGAUAAAUUGGCCCAGGAGAGAAUUGUUGGAGGCCAGGUGGCUGAGAAGGGGUUUGCCAAAUACCAAAUCUCACUGCAGGGCAUGUAUGGCGGCCACAUGUGUGGUGGAGCCAUCAUCGACAAUGAAUGGGUGCUAACGGCCUGCCACUGUGUGGAUGGUUAUAAUCCGGAAUUUUUGCGUGUCAUUACCGGUACCAAUGUCUACUUCCAACCUGGAGCCACCUAUGAGGUGGAUGAGUUCUGGUGUCACUGCAACUACGACAACCCCACGUAUCACAACGACAUUGCCAUACUGCACCUGAAGACGCCCAUUGUCUAUGAUGACCUGACCCAACCCAUACCCCUGCCCAUUAGUCCCCUAAAGGAUGGCGAUGAGGUCAUUCUAACUGGUUGGGGCGACAAUGUCCUGUGGGGUGGUACUCCCGACGAACUCCAUAAGCUCUACACGAAAUUUGUCACCUACGAAGACUGCUAUGAGAUUUACGGUGGAGCCCCUAUGUUGGAUGUUGGCCAUAUCUGCACAUUUACCCGUGUUGGAGAAGGCUCGUGCCACGGUGAUUCUGGUGGUCCCUUGGUAAGCAAUGGCCGUUUGGUCGGCUUGGUCAACUGGGGCAUGCCCUGCGCCACUGGUGUCCCAGAUGCCCAUUGCAAUGUCUAUUUCUAUUUGGAUUGGAUUCGCAAGGUUAUGAGUCAAAAUUGCCGUGAAUGUCACUGCAGUGCCAGUAAUUAUCCCUUCGGCAGGAAUCAAAAUGGUGCCAAUAAAUAUUAAUCGAAGGAAUUUGUUUGGAAUACAUCAAUUCGAAAUUAUUAAAUAAAAGCCACGAACAA